CGUUCCGCUAUCGCAGGGCUCAGCUGCCAUCUGUGUGUGCACCCAGGGCAGCUCCUGCCUGGGAGAUUCCGAUGCUCGGCCAGGCGCCGUGGCUGCACAAGGCAGAGCUGCAGAGGGACAGGGCUGGUGUGAGCCUGGUCUCACCAGGGACAGGCUCCUCCUGCUUCUGCUGGAUGCGGGCAUGGCCUCAGGGGACUGCGGGCCAUUGCCCCAGCUGCCCGGGGCAGAGCCUCCAGAGGACUCCAAAGAUAACCAAAGCUUCCCCAUCGGCUCCAAAAUAACAUACCGGUGCAUUCAAGGCUUUGCUAAGCUCCCCUUGAAGUCAGACACAAUACAGUGCCUGGAGAACGCCCUCUGGUCCGUCCUCCCAGAGUUUUGCAAUCGUAGCUGUUACAGCCCACCUCGUGUGAGUUUCGCAAGAGUAUCACAGGAAGAUGAAUUCAAGAAUUUUUAUGCUGUUGGUAUCACGGUGAACUACGUUUGUAACCCCGGCUAUGAGAAUAGCACUGACGAGCUUCCUACCAGCACUUGUCAUGAAAAUUUAACGUGGUCAGAGGUUCCCAAGUUAUGUCAAAGGAAAUCUUGUGGUACUCCACAAAAUCCAGAACAUGGUACGGUUGUUACAACAGAUCACCUGUUCGGCACAAAGGCAGAUGUUAUUUGUGACGAUGGGUACAUGCUAACAGUGGGGCCAGCUUUCAUCCGGUGUUACCUAAAGGGAGAUGGAGUUGCCUGGACUCAGCUUCCAACUUGUCAGCUUAUCCAGGCUUCGUCCUCUACUGUUGGCACUACAGCAGUGACAGACGCAACCAAACCGUUGGAAGAGAAGACACCAGAGUAUCGCUACAUCCUACCACUUGUCAUCAUACCUUGCAUCAUUGGAGUUGCUGUAAUUCUAAUCUGGACCAUCAAGAAGUGUGGUGUAAAGCAAAAAGGGACAUAUAAGCCAAAUCCUACAAAUGCAGGAGAUGAAGAACAGGGACCAUCCUGCCAGGAGCGUAAAACUGGUCCGUGAGAAGGGACAGUUCCUGCUAGCUCCUGACACCGUCAGUGAUGAAGUUUUGCGUGCAGUAAGGCAAUAUGAAAUCAAGUUUCUUACUUCAUAAUCAAGAAUUCCUAUGUGAAGCAGCAGGAGAAUCAAAUCUACUUCGAAUUCAGCUCCCUGUCAUUUUAGUGCCUACAUGUUUUUUUUAGUACCGAAACCAUUUUUGCAGUUCUUAAAGUGAGGCUUUUAACAUUCAAUAAACGUUUCUUUCCACUAGGAAAAUGAUUCUAUAGAAAACGCCCUGUUUGCACAUCCUCCGAAGAUCCACUUCUAUUUUUUUAAACUACUUUUUUGCUGAGGUUCAUUUCCUGGCAUGCAGACAAGAGUUUGACAACUCCAGUAUUUAUAGCAAAACCGUUUUGUAAAUAAAAGGCACGCAGAAUAAGUGA